AAACAUGUUUUAUGUUCAAGACAUGUGACCGGGUCGUAAUAAUAUGCAAAAAUAUUUUGACGUACGGUUUGCACGAUAAAAAUAGGCAUAGUGUAUACAAGUGCGGAUCAAGAAGGGGAGCCACGUACAUAACCCCAAGCGUCUGUGGCUGACAUCAGACAACACACUGUGUUUUAGGGGCUGGUUACAGCGAUUACUUCAGGUUUUACAUCAUAAAAGUUAAAGAUGAGGGUUGAAGCAGUUGUAGCUACUGUAGUUAUAUUUAUAAGUUGGAAUUUAAUCCAGGUCUGUUAUGCAAAUUUGGAUAGGGAAAGUAGAACUUUUGUGGUGACCCUGGAUAAUGGACAAAAUAUAACGUGUAAGUUAUGCCCGCCAGGUUAUCAUUUGGUAGCUAAUUGUACAACAGAUGGAGGGGAUUCACAAUGUCGGGCUUGUGAUGAGGGAUUUUUCAGUCAUAUUUAUAAUCAUUGGAUAAAAUGUGCCAAGUGUGGAAAAGAAUGUGAUUCCCGGGAAUAUGUAACUACAAGUUGUACCACUAAAACUAACAUCUCCUGUAAAUGUCAGGACGGCUUUUACAGGGAACCUGGUCAAUAUGGAGUAUGUAGAAAGAUGGCUGCUUGCCCCCCUGGAAAAGGUGUAAUAGCUCAAGGAAAUGAAUCAUCAAACACAGUAUGUGGAGAAUGCCAGCAUGGAUAUUUCUCUGUCAACUUCUCUACAACAGAAGCAUGUGAGCAGUGUAGUGAAUGCCCUCCAGAAAUGAGGAAAUAUAAACAGUGCCGGCCAGAUGCGGAUACAGUAUGUCGCCCUCCUACUGUGUUUCCUCUUCCUGUUAUUAGUGGCAUUGGUGUAGGGUUUCUGAUCAUGAUUGGUGUGGUUGUCACCCUCGUCUGCUGUCUAUGUUUGAGGAAAGAAAGAUGUGCUCAUUUACGUAAGGUUCUCUGCAGGUGUUGUUACAGACCAUACCAGGAAUGUACACAGAAUGACAGUAAAUCAGUACAUCAAGAUGAUGUUCAUAUUGAUAUACCUCCAGACAUUCUCAGUAACACACAUAAUGGGGUUGGAGAUGACAGGAUGUAUAAGGAGAAAAAUGGAGUAGCUAAUCAUUUACACUAUCAAGAUCAGCAACCAAGUGGAAUUAGCAACACAGUUAUGUAUCAGCUCCGAGAGGAUUUAAUUAGUCAAGAUUAUCCACAAUUUUUCAGAUUCUUGUUCACAAAUGGUGCAGAUGUUCACAUCAGUGAAAUGAAAUUGAAUUAUUCUACCCAUGGAGUAAAGGAAAUCAUAUACCAGAUAUUGAAGAGAUGGAGAGAUAUUGAAAAAGAACAAGCUACACAUGAGAAAAUACUCGCGGCAUUACAGGAUUGGAACAGGAUGGACUUGUACAAAAAAUAUUCCAACAUGUUUGGAACAUCUACUGUAAAGGCAGACAAUUUGACAACAGAAGUGUAAUUUAAAAACUGUGAUAAUGUGAUUUUUGAAUUCCAUGAUUGUGUUUUAUAUUUUCAUGUGUUGUUUUCAUCAAAUUUAAAACUAAAUAUUGUUUAUUUCUAUAACCAGUAACCACUUUGAAUAACUUUAGAUGUAUAUGUACACUAGGCUGAUAGAAGUCAUGAAAAUUCUUCAGCACAGAUAACUGUUCAUUCUUAUCAACAUAAGUUUUUUAUGCCACCACAGCAUCUGUGAAAGAGCUAAAAGCUUAGAUAUUUAGCAUGAAAGAUCUUCUAGUGAAUGCCUUCCAAGUUUGUUUAAAUAAAAGCCCUAAGGUUCAAAAUUGGCCAUGCUCCAGGGGUCAUUGAUUUUCCUUAUAUGUAUAUAGUAGAAUAUUAGAAAGUCUUCUUGUAAAAAUCCAAAAGAGGUAGCAUGAAACAUUUUCCAGUGGAUGUCUACCAAGUGUGUUCAAGUAAAACACCAAGGGUCAAAAUUGACCCCACCCCAGUGGGUCAUUGAUUUUCCUUUUGUAAGUAUAUAUUGUUAAAACUUAGAAAAUCUUGUUGUGAGUGACAAUCCACAAGUGCUAUAGAUUAGAUAUUUGGCAUAAAACAUCUUCUAGUGAAUGUCCACCAAGUUUGUUCCAAUGAAUGCCAUAGGGUUAAAAUUGGCCCUGCCCCAGGGGUCAUUGAUUCCCUUAUAAGUAGAUCUAAAAUAAUCUUGUAAAAAAAAUUAAGCUUAGAUAUUUGGCAUGAAACAUCUUCCAGUGGAUGUCUUUCCAGUUUUACCAUAUCCGUUUAAAUGGAUAAACAUAACAACCCUAGUUUGUAGAGAAAUAUGUAUUUAAAACUAAAUACACUCUUGUUGUUUUUUUUUGGUAAAUAAAAUGAUGUAUUGAGAUAUAUUCUAUGCUUGAAUUCAAAAUGAUCAAAAUUCAAUCGAGUGCUUCUGAACUGUUUUAUUGCCAAAAAAUGGGUGAACAAUUCAAUAAUAUAGCUGCUAGAUCACAUAACUAUUUCUGUCUCGAGAAUAGCAAUAGAGAUCAGACAUUAUGUUUAAAAGUUAAUUUGAGCGUUGUCAUGACGAAACCAACAUAAUGGGUUUGCGACCAGCAUGGAUCCAGACCAGCCUGCGCAUCUGCACAGUCUGAUCAGGAUCCAUGCUGUUCGCUUACAAACCCUAUUACAUGUAGAGAUACUAAUAGCGAACAGCAUGGAUCCUGAUCAGACUGCGCGGAUGCGCAGGCUGGUCUGGAUCCAUGCUGGUCGCAAAACCAUUAUGUUGGUUUUGUCAUGACACGGCUCAUUUAAAUUCAAAGUAUCAUAGUGAAGUGUUUUGAACAAGUCAUCAUGUACAUGUCAUCUAUAUACAACAUUGUCUACUUGUUUUCUUUUCUAAAAAUGCAUAAUUUGAUAUCUCAGCAGGCAAUACAAGUAGUUAUACUAUUCCUUCUGUUUUAUUUAUAUUGUUUAUAAUGUUAUAUUGUUUAUUGAUAGAAAUUAAAAUGUUAACAAAAGAAUCAGUUAAACAAAGUGAACAAUACAAGUAACUUAAUCUUGAUUAAAUGAGUUAACAUUUCAUUCCUAUCAACAUAACAGUGAUAUUUAAAUGUUUGAAACUGAUAAAAUGAUAAAUAUUGCAAUUUACAUGCUCAUUAAAUUUAGCUUUUGCUCAAUGAACUGUUUUACACAUGAAGAAUGCCUGUUUAAUUUAUGCAUAAUAUCAUUUCCUUUACAUGUUCCUGUAAACUGAUAAUUUCAAUACUUGUUCUUUAAAUUAUUAUAUAUUAUGUUAAAAUAUACAUUUUUUACCUAACAGUAUAUAUACUAUAUGAAGAGGCGCAUGUAAGAGUGCUUUUGUAUAAUUGUUUUGUUUUAGUUAAUGAUCAAACAAGGAUAAGUUAGUUUAACAAUUAGCAAAUAUAAAAGUUAUGGUUAAGACAGUUUCUAUAGUUAGAAAUAAUUCUUGUUGUUAUACAUUGUGCUCUAUCAUUAUGUGUAAUAGAUUAAGUGGUGCUGUCAUGUUAUUCUGUUAAAUAGAAAGCAUAGAAUUACACUAACAUUUGAGCCGUGUCAUGACAAAACCAACAUAAUGGGUUUUCGACCAGCAUGGAUCCAGACCAGCCUGCGCAUCCGCUCAGUCUGAUCAGGAUCCAUGCUGUUUGCUAUCAGUUUCUUUACUGGUUAUUAGGUCUGUAAGCGAACAGUAUGGAUCCUGAUCAGACUGCGUGGAAGCGCAGGCUGGUCUGGAUCCAUGCUGGUCGCAAACCCAUUAUGUUGGUUUUGUUGUGACGUGGCUCAUUUUGCUUUUGUAUACUUUAAAAUAUUAUGCUCAAAAUAUAUAUGAUAAUUGGCUGACAUUUUUAAGGGCAUUGUAUAGAUUUUUUUCCAAGAAAGUUAAAUCAAAAUGAAUUGUUGUAUAUGAAAUAUUUGAAUUGUUGUAUAUGGAAUAUUUUCUAUGUUUUCUUGUUUCCUACUUUGGUAUAAUAAAGUGUUAUUUAAAAUUCUAUAAGCUGAUUAAACUGAUGUAGAUAGUACAUAAAUUGACUAAGUAAUUGUUGAUGAAUUACGUAGAGACCUUGCUGUAUGUUAUUGUAGUAGGCUGUGUAUAAAGUGAUUGAUUAGUGAAAAUGAAGUUAUGUUUGGGUUUAUUUGUUGCUGUGAACUUUGCCUAUUAUUUUACCUACUUUUAUUAUCAUAAUAAUGGUGCAUAUUUCUUUGUAACUAUACACAGAUAUGCCAUAACAGCAUCUCAAUGCAGUGGCAUGUAACGAAUCACCUGUGUGUGAAUGUAUGUUAUAUAGAUUAUAUACUGAACUUGAAAAUCAUUUUGUGAAAAACCACUACUCCAGUUUGAACCAACCUUGGCUGGAUUGUGAUUGGUGAAGGGCUUUCAAAGUUGUUCAAAGAAUUUGAUUCCAAGCAGAAUUUUGGAUGCUAUGGCAACCUAAAGAAAUUAAAACGAUCAAUUUAAAAAAUCUUGUGAAGACCCACAAGGCCUAGAGCAUAGCUAUUUAGCAUAAGGAAUUGUUUGAUAGACUUCUACCAAGAUUGUUCAAAUUAUAGCCAUUGGAUCAAAAUUGGACACACCCAGGGAUCAUUGAUUUUCAUUAUGUACAUUUAUUUAAAAAUCUGAAGGUACAAGGCUUAGUGCUUUGAUAUUUAGUAUAUGAUACCAUCUAAAAGUCUACUACCAAAGUUGUUCAAAUUUUGCCUCUAGUGUCAAAGUUGUCCCUGCCCCAGGGAUCAUUGAUAUACAGAAUGCUCCAGCUUAGAUAUUCCGCCUGAAAAAUCUUCCAAUGGGUUUCUACCAAGUUUGUUUUAAUAAAAGCUCUGGGGUCAAAAUUGGCUUUUAUGAUAUGCAUUUUUUUAUUAAAAGAUUCAAUAGCUGGAAGUUAGUGUAAAAGUCAUGACCUCUAGCAAGAGAGAUGUUAGAUUUGCAGUAGUAUUUCUGAAAUAAUUUGAGCAAUUUGAUUCACAUCAUGUAUAUAACGAUGAUUUUAAAUUGUUAAAGAUCCUGUAACACAAUUUUUUCAUGGUUUUAUUUCAUAAAUAUAAUGCUCAAAUUAAGAUUUGUCAAUAUUGUAAGUUCCAAUAAGCAUUAUUUAUAAAGAUAUUUCCCAAUUUAACAUUUCGUGUAAAUAAAGGGAGGUAAUUAGAAAUUUAUUUUCUAUCAAUUUUAAGUCAAAUUUUCCAAAAAGAAAUGAAUGCAUGUAAUUUAUGGAUUAAAUAUAAUGUUCACACAUAUUUGCAGUACACAUUUUAAAUAUUCUUCACUGUUUGAAAAUUGUUUUAUUUGCAUAAAUAUAUACAUAUAUAACUUUUUGCAAGUGUGGUAUACACACAGUAACAAUAUCAAUCACAAAACAUACAGGAUCUUUAAUGAUUUUUAAAGUUUGCAGAAAUAAUGAUAAAUAAAAAAAAAAACAGUUACUGUAACUGUAUUUUCAAGUUAAAUACAGCUAUGCAAUACAGUAAAUACCUAAACUUUUGUCAAGUAUGAAUACUUAUAUAUAUUUUAAAAUUGCCUUUGUAUCUGAACACUAGACACAUCUGCAAAUUGUCUUUUAUUUGGCAGGCUGAAAUAUGACCUUGACCACCAAAUUCACUAGACUCAACUGCAUUAUGACAAGUUCAUUUGUAUAGAAACAAAAAGAUUCUGUUCCCACACUACUGUUUAGUGUUGUAUUAAUGUGGCGGCAUUUUUGUGCCCCCACUUUAGUGGCGGGCAUUUAGAUUUAUCCUUGUCCGUCCGUCUGUCCAUCGGCACUACCGAAUAAGGAUAGGGGGCCAUCUAACUGUAAACGGAACAAAAGAGAACAAUAGAGUUCAUUCCGUAACAAUAGAGUAAGGGGCCAUUGGCCCUCUAUUAAAGAAUAGAAAAUAACAAAAGAAAUGGCCCCUUAUUCCUUUUUGGCCGGACUUCCGUCUGUCCUUCUGUCAGUUCUCUUUUGUGUAGCACAUUAACUCAAAAAGUAUUUGACCUAGAGUCAUGAAAUUUUACAGGAAUGUUGAUCAGCAUGUAUAAUUGUGCACCUGGGUAUUUUCGUCUGGAUAUUUUUAGAGUUAUUGCCCUUGACUUAGUAAAAUUUUGCAAUUUUCAACUUGUGUCGCAUGUAACUCAAAAAGUAAUUGACCUAGAGUCAUGAAACUUUACAGGAAUGUUGAUCAGUAUAUGUAAUUGUGCACCUGGGUAUUUUCGUCUGGAUAUUUUUAGUAUUUUUAGAGUUAUUGCCCUUGACUUAGUAAAAUUUUGCAAUUUUUUAACUUGUGUCGCAUGUAACUCAAAAAGUAUUUGACCUUGAGUCAUGAAACUUUACAGGAAUGUUGCGCAGCAUGUGUAGUUGUGCACCUGGGUAUUUUAUUGUGGAUAUUAUUAGUAUUUCAAGAGUUAUUGCCCAUGACUUAGUAAAAUUUUGCAAUUUUCAACUUGUGUCGCAUGUAACUCAAAAAGGAUUUGACAUAGAGUUAUGAAACUUUACAGGAAUAUUGAUCAGCAUGUGUAGUUGUGCACCUGGGUAUUUUCGUCUGGAUUUAUUUAGUAUUUUUAGAGUUAUUGCCCUUGACUUAGUAAAAACUGUUUCAUUAUGUUGUUAUUUGUUCCUUGAGUGUUUGAGUUAGAAUCGACCAACUUUACAGGAAUAAUGAUCAACAUCACUAAAUUACAGGAAUAAUGAUUCACAUCACUGUGAAGCUAUGAACCUGGGACUUUGCAGGUGGAUUUUUUUCAGUUUUGUUAGAGUUAUUGCCCUUGACUUACAGUAGUAUAAAUUUGCAAUUUUCAACUUGGGUUUUGCUUGUGGAUUUAUUCAGUAGUUUUAAAUCUUGCCCUUUACUAAGAUUUUUAGUUUUCAAAAAAAAUUUGACCUAGAGUCAUAAGAUUGACAGAACAGUGGCGCGGUGGGGGCACCCGUGUCCUUUGGACACAUUUCUAGUUCAUAAUUGCAAUCUUGUUUCUUUUACACUCACAAAAUUAGUAUUUACAGUUGUGAAUAGGAUCAUGUUGUUCAUAAUCUUCGAGGCUUUAGUUCAUUUUCCUGUUAUUAAUGGGUGGAAGUGGGACCAUUUUCUUCCUGUCUAGGGGUUUUUGGUCCUGAGGCAAAUUUCAAUGAAAGGUCAGCGUUGUGUUAUUACGAGCUGAUACUAAAGAAAAACAUUAGCAACAAAUCAUUGUAAACAUAGAAACAGGAAAGUUCCUGCUCAAAUGUUAAACCAGCUGUUUGUAUUCUACAUUGUAAUGUGUUGUUUGUUUUUCUUCACUUUAAUCCAGAAAAAAACAUUGUAUAUUUUAUAAAUAGACCACAGUUGUAGUAUAUGUCCUGAAAAUAGUGCAUACUUUGUAAUAUUCAGUUAUUUUGACAUUUAUUUAAGUCUAAUCAUGCAUGUCUCUAUCUUAAUGUGUAUAGUCCUGACAUUUAUAUAGGCAUGUUAUACAACCACCUGUGUUGUUUCAUUACUUCAGUAACACUUUAACUUCAAUUCACUUCCACACUUAUCUUGAUUAUAUAUCUUGUAUUUUAAUGAAAAUUGAAUCUCCCAUUAGACAGAUCUCUCCCCCAAGCUUUCCUAGCUAUAGAUUAUCUAUCUAAAGACAUGUUAAUGUGCAAUUUGAUUUCAAAUAUACUUCUUAAUUUUUUUCUUGAGAUAUUUGUCAAACAGCUGUAUUUGUGUUAUAUACCUAUGUUAGGGGACAAACAAGUACAUUAUUUAUUGUACAUAAGAUAAAAUGAUGCUACAUAACAUGUAACAUAAAAUAUUAAUUUAGAUCUGAUUAUUUCAUGAUUAUACUGUUCAUAGUGCAGGAUAAUACCUCAAACUCGUAUAAGAAGUUCAAACUGACAUACUUUUACUAAUAUCUACCACAUUUCUAUUAUAGUUUGGUUUAUUGGAAAGAAAUUUUAGUAUCUCACACACAAAAUUGGUAUGACCUUACAUUAUAUGAUUUUGUUUACUUUUGUUAGAUUCUAGAUAAGUUACAUUUAUCUUGCCUAUGUUUAUCAUUAAUUAAGUGCUACAUUGGAUUACACCAGUAAGUUUUCAGUUAAAUAUUAAUUAGAUUAAGCUUUUCUCUACUGUUGACAAGAUAUUAAAAUGUUUUGAAAAUUGUAUAAA